AUGCGCGUUAAAAUUAUCCAAGAUCCAUCCGCUGAAACAUUCUCAAAACAACUCUUAGAUAUCGGCGAUGGAAAAGUUACUAUAGAUGAAACUGGAUGCGUAAAAUUACCGACCGAUUUCUGCACAAUCAUUAAUUCGAAAGAUGCUCUCAUUGAACAAAUAUUUCCCGAUGUGCACAUACAGUAUAUAAAUCAUGAGUGGCUUGCAGAAAAAGAAAUUUUAUCGCCAAAAAAUGUGGACGUUGACGAUUUCAAUCUGAAGAUACAACAGUUUUUGCCAGGAAACUUGGUAUCAUACAAAUCUAUUGAUAUAGUUUGCGAUGCAAGCGAAGCUGCAAAUUUUCCAACAGAGAUUUUGAACUCACUAGAUUUGCCUGGCAUACCACUGCAUAAUUUACAAUUGAACGUUGGAUUUCCGAUUAUUUUGCUACCCAGCAUUUUAAAUGGCAAGUUCAGAGGUGAAAAUAUAUUAAUACCACGAAUCCCUAUUAUACCUACAGAUGUGCCAAUUCAAUUUAAACGUUAUCAAUUUCCGAUUAUAUUGGCAUUUGCAAUGAUUAUCAAUAAGUCCCAAGGCCAAACGAUGUCUGUUUGUGGCUUAGAUUUGAGCACACCAUGUUUUUCACACGGACAAUUAUACGUGGCAUGCUCUCGAGUGGGUAAACAUCCAGUUUGUUUGUGUUAG